CGUCUCACACUCAGCUUGUUUCCUGUACAGUCGUCAUUCGCUCUGCACCAUCAACAACAUGGCUAUACGCAGAAAAGACAGCUUCCUCUGGGGGAGAGCUCCACCGAAACUCCCCCCAGGUGAGAGGAGGCAGAGUGACACCGUCAAGACUCACAAGUUUGAGCUGCUGGAUGACAUUCAGCUAAGGUUGGAGAUCAGUCACAUCAUUCCCGAUAUCCACAGCCCUGAACUGAAGGAGCAGAAUAAAAACGUUGUGAGAAACAGGAGAUUCCUACGUGGGAAAAAGAAAUUCAACAUGGACCCCAAAAAGGGUGUCCAUUACCUGGUUGAAAACGAACUGCUCGAAUGGCGAGCAGAGCCGGUGGCUGAGUUUCUUUACAAAGAGGAAGGACUGAACAAAACCGCUAUUGGCAACUUCUUGGGUGAAAGGGAGGAAAUGCAUCUGAAGGUACUGAAAGCCUUUGUGGGCCUGCAUGAGUUCUCAGACCUGAAUCUGGUGCAGGCGCUGAGGCAGUUUCUGUGGAGCUUUCGUCUCCCGGGAGAGGCUCAGAAGAUUGACAGGAUGAUGGAGGCGUUUGCAACUCGCUACUGCGACUGUAACCCAGGGGUCUUCCAAUCCACAGACACAUGCUACAUCCUGUCUUUUGCCAUCAUCAUGCUCAACACGAGUCUCCACAACCCCAACGUGAAAGACAAACCCAGUCUGCAGCGAUUUGUCUCCAUGAACAGAGGAAUCAACAACGGGGAGGACCUGCCCACCGAGCUGCUCACGAAACUGUAUGCGAGCAUCCGUAGCGAGCCAUUCAAAAUCCCAGAGGAUGACGGGAACGACCUCACGCUGACGUUUUUUAAUCCGGACAGAGAGGGCUGGCUGCUGAAAAUGGGUGGUCGAGUUAAAACCUGGAAGAGAAGGUGGUUCAUUUUGACAGACAGCUGCUUGUACUACUUUGAGUACACCACAGACAAAGAUCCAAUUGGGAUUAUUCCUCUGGAGAAUUUGUGUGUCAGGAAGCUUCAAGACACGAGCAAGUCGUAUUGUCUGGAGUUAUAUAACCCCAAAGGACAAAAGAUCAAGGCCUGCAAGACGGAAAACAAAGGCAGAGUGGUGCAGGGUAAACAUCAGUCCUAUAAGCUCAGUGCAGCCAGCGCCGAAGAACGGGACGCCUGGAUAGAGGCGAUCAGGGCGAGCAUCACCAAAGACCCUUUUCAUGACCUGGUGACUCUACGAAAGAGGAAGCUCAUCAGCAACACUUCCUCAUAGGACAGAAACACCGGACAUCAGAGGAAACUGUUUUGAUCCCGGAUCGUACAGCAUUUCUCAGAAGUGUACAAAUUAGGAACGAACACUUGUUAAAGUGAAAAUGAGAAAGAGUUUUGGCCUGGCUUCUGCAAACUGCACGCACUAUUGCACCGACUGGUCCAUGCCCCAACUGGAGUCUGAUUGGCCACUUCAGCAGUCCCCUACUAGAGUCAGAAGAAGAAGAAGUCGACUUCUUCAUACCAAAGAUGGAUUACUGAACGGGCCUGCUGUGUGCAGGUCCAACGCCUCUUCGACCAACCCUCUGCAUCAAGUGAUUUUUAACAUUUGUUGUGGGGACAGAAAAUGCAAAAGAAACCCCAAAACAUGACAGAUGGACAGGAAAAUAACCACAAACCAAGGUGAAACUACUAAAAGGGACACAAAAUGACCCCAAAAGACAAAAAAUGACCAUAAUAUGAUGGAAAAUUAAUAAAAAUGACUACGAAGAGAAGCAGAAUUACUAAUAUAAAUGGAUGUGAAAUGACUAAAGACAGAAAUUAUUAAAAAAAAGAAAGGAAAACAACGGUAAAGUGAGGCAAAACUUUCAAAAUUAGACAAAAUGACUGAAAGGGACACGAUACCGCGACAAAGAGAUGUGAAAUGACAUUAAUGGGACACAAAAUGACCUCAGACACAAAAUGACUAAAAUGGGACACAGAUGACUAAAAGACAUGCAAAACAAGUGACAGCAAAAUGGGAUGCGAAAUGACUAAACAAGACAAGAAAACGACAACAGAGAGAUGCAGAACAACUAAAAAGGGACAUAAAACACCACACAGUAACAUGCAAACCCCAAAAAUGGAUGCAAAAUGAAGCGAAUGGUGUAAAAGUCAAAAUUAAAAUGGUUGCUGAUUGGAUCAGUUGGAGAAAAGUAUGUAGCACUUUGUAAAUCCUGCUCUGGAUGUUUUCACUGGAGACUUUUUAAUUACUCAUCAAAUCAUGUCAAUUCAGCUCUUUUUCCUCUUCACAAAUAUCAGCUUUUACAGUACAGACCUUCAUGACUAAUAUAUUGUUGUAAAUAAAGUCUAAAAGUAGGUAAAGCUAAAAAAAAAAAAAAAAAAGUUUUUAAUAUAACUUAUGAAUACAUUGAAAUUGUACAGUAUAUUUUAAUAAGCUUAAACAUAUUUGAAUUAGUGUUUUUAUGACUGUAUGUAUAAUUUAACAACUUCACUUCUGAUUGCAGAAUCAAACUACUUGUGAAAAUAAACUGGCUGAUAGUGAA